AUGUCUAGUUCAAACGCCUCGAGGAUGAAGUUGUCGCUGCUCUUUUCGGCCUUGUUCGCAGUGGGGCUAUUGGCAUCAACUGCUGUGGUGGUAGAAUCUUACGUCCCACGGCCGCCCUAUUCCUAUCAAAGCGUGAGCGGUCGCCUUCAUGUUGCGCCAAUACGGAUGUUUGGGUUGGAACCACCGUCAUCGAGAGCAGAGGAACAAGAAGUCACUGCCGCAUCAAACAUAGCAAGACGACACCUUAUGCGGCAGCUUUUCAGCGUCGUUGUGACAGCCUCUUCUUUUGCUGCGAUCCCACCAAAACCAGUUGCGGCCUUGAAGCCACGAAACGAGCAGCUAUGUGGAACCGGAUUCUUCACCAAUUAUCUCGAGUACAAGUGCACGGAUAUUGGGGACAUUUCCGACGAAGGACAAGCCACCACUUUGUCUUCCAGCCAAGAGGGAGCCGCCGAUUCAUUGCUAAACAAAUUGAAUCUUAGUUUCGAGGAAGAAGAUUCUCCCAGUAGUACCAGUACAAGCAAUGUUGAUCAAAAUGAAAGCACCAACGACAAAAAAGACAGCAAAGCAGAUACUAGCUAG